GUUGUGCUGGGAGCUGCCUGGGAGCUCAGCCUGGCACUCGGAUUUUUAAGCGAAUAACCAAGCUGGGAACAGUGGGAGAACUGGCUGAACUACUGACAUACGACGAGCAUCUUGCCAUGUUCCUGGUGCAGUACACAGGCUUAAACCACCUGCCCUUUGAUCCUGCCAGCACCACCGAGUCCCUGCAGCUGGGCAGCGCCGCUGGCCCCCAGGUGUCGGAGAGCCCGGCCGAGGAUGGAAGUGAUCCAGGAAAGAGGAAGAGAGCAAUUCCUCCAGCAGAUGGUGGCAGAAAUCUGAGCCUGGACUCCAUUCCGAUGGGAUUGCCAAUGUCCGACCCGACCGCCUGGGCCACCGCCAUGAACAACCUGGGGAUGGCUCCCAUGGGCAUGACAGGACAGCCCCUCCUGCCUGACUUUGAUCCUGCUCUUGGGAUGAUGACUGGAAUCCCUCCGAUCAACCCCAUGAUGCCGGGCUUGGGGAUCGUCCCACCUCCCAUCCCUCCAGACAUGCCUGCUGUGAAGGAGAUCAUUCACUGCAAGAGCUGCACUCUCUUCCCUCCUAACCCACAUCUUCCCCCUCCAGCCACAAGGGAGAGGCCCCCGGGGUGCAAGACGGUGUUUGUUGGAGGGCUGCCAGAAAACGGGACGGAGCAGAUCAUCAUGGAGGUGUUUGAGCAGUGUGGGGAGGUCAUCGCUAUCCGCAAGAGCAAGAAGAACUUCUGCCACAUCCGCUUUGCUGAGGAGUUCAUGGUGGACAAGGCACUUUACCUGUCUGGCUACCGCAUCCGGCUGGGCUCCAGCACGGACAAGAAGGACACGGGGCGCCUGCACGUGGAUUUUGCCCAGGCCAGGGAUGACCUGUACGAGUGGGAGUGCAAGCAGCGGAUGCUGGCGCGGGAGGAGCGGCACCGGCGGCGGCUGGCGGAGGAGCGCUUCCGCCCGCCCUCGCCGCCGCCCGUCGUCCACUACUCCGACCACGAGUGCAGUGUGGUGGCCGAGAAGCUGAAAGAUGACACAAAGUUCUCAGAAGCCAUCCAGACCUUGCUGACCUGGAUAGAGCGUGGGGAAGUGAACAGGAGAACUGCCAACAACUUCUACUCCAUGAUCCAGUCGGCCAACAGCCACAUCCGCCGGCUCGUCAACGAGAAAGCGGCUCACGAGAAGGAGAUGGAAGAAGCUAAAGAGAAGUUCAAACUGGCUCUCUCAGGGAUCCUGGUGCAGUUCGAGCAGAUAGUGGCCGUGUACCAUUCUGCCUCCAAACAAAAGGCUUGGGACCAUUUCACGAAAGCUCAGCGUAAGAACAUCAGCGUGUGGUGCAAACAAGCAGAGGAAAUCCGUAACAUCCAUAACGAUGAGCUGAUGGGUAUCCGGAGAGAGGAGGAGAUGGAAAUGUCUGAUGAAGAAAUAGAAGAUCCAUCAGAGAUGAAAGAAACGGAAGAAUCAGCGCUGGUGUCGCAGGUGGAGGCGCUGAAGGAGGAGAACGACAGCCUGCGCUGGCAGCUGGACGCCUAUCGCAACGAGGUGGAGCUGCUCAAGCAGGAGCAGGGCAAAGCCUCCCGGGAUGAGGACACCACCAAGGAGCAGCAGAUGAAGCUCCUCCAGCAGGCCCUGCAGGGCAUGCAGAAGCACCUUUUGAAAGUCCAGGAGGAAUACAAAAAGAGAGAAGCAGAGUUAGAAAAAGUGAAAGAAGACAAAUUAAAAGUGGAAACGUUACUAGAAAACCUGAAGGAGCAGCAGAGCAUGGCAGAUGAAGAGGACAAGGAAGGAGAGGCAGCUGACUGUCAAGGGAAUGAGAGCAGCACAUCCAGAGUUUGUGCCUGCAGCCAGGAGAAGGAAUGUCCCGUGGAAAAGACGUUGAGCAACAGUCCUGUGAAAUCUGAACGAGAAGUUCUCCUGGUUGGAAUAAUUUCCACGUUUCUCCACGUGCAUCCCUUUGGAGCCAGCAUUGAGUACAUCUGCUCCUACCUGCAGCGCCUGGACAGCAAGAUCUGCACGGCGGAAGUGGAAGUUCUCAUGAUGCGACUCCAGAACACGUUCCGGCAGGAGCUGAGCGGGGUUGGGGCCAGCCUGGAGAAGAGGUGGAAGUUUUGUGGCUUUGAUGGGUUGAAAAUGACUUGAGCUUUUGACUUAAUGCUGAAAACAGCAGGAUAUGGACACCGAGAAAACCUGGGAUGCUGUUCCCCCUGUUCCCGAUGAUUCCCUCGCACGCUCCACGGCCUCGGGGUACAAAUGUGUAAGUGAAACAAAGUCUGGAGCCACCAGUGGAAGAACCCUCAAGUUCUGCAGCUUCUUUGAUCAGUUAUUUGUUAAUGGGCAAGUGCUGUUCAAUAUAUUUGGGGGAAAAAAAGCUCCUGCCUGACCCUUUGAAGCACAGCGUGUCGACUCUGUUCUGCCAAUGUUGUAUGUGUUUGUGUGCCCAAAUUCUUCCCCCUCAAGCUUCCUACCAGCAGGAACAGCCAUAGACUGUCCUAAAGCAACAACAAAGAGGCAUUUUCUGGUUUCUAGAUCACCAAAAGGGGAAAAAAAAAGGCAUUUUUUAGACAUUUCUAUGAAUAAAACCCGAGGUAUGUUUAGAUAGAAGAUUCAGAUGGCCCAUGAGCCAAGGAAUUGGUUCUUUUUUGUGCUGUUUUCCCUGUUAGCAGUUGAGGUGGGGACAGAGCCUCUGGGAGCCAAGGGGGGAUUCUGGCAGUGCCACUCGUGCUCUGGGUCAGUCUGUAACAAAUUUCUUACAUGGGAAGGGUGUUUUAUUUUCUACGGAUGUGGGUGGAGCAAAGAAGCUACAUCAGCCUGGGUUUUGGUGAUUUUUACCACACAAUUCCUCCACCUGCUUUGCUUUGGAGACUGAGCUACAACCAGCACAGACUUCUCUGCUCCUGAACCUUCCCAACACUGUUCCUCAUGCUCCCAGUGCCUUCCAGGCUCCUCCCCAGCCCUCUGCAGACGUUGGUGAAGUGCAGGGUAACAGCCUGCCCAGAUAUCCCUGUGGAUUUUCCUGCCCUCCCGCAGAUCCUCGCUCCUGCCCAGCCUGCUGUGACCUGCAGAGCUUACAGCCAUUCCUUGAAGUAUUCCCGUUCUGCAGGGCAUCCUGACGUGUUCCUGUGAUGGCAAGUGUCACAGUUUUCCAGCUGCACACUUCCAGCUCCUCCUCUGUUCCCCACACCGUGGCCAUUGGGGUAGGUGCCCUUCAGUUGGGCUGUUGAUCCCACCACGUUUUCGGGGGAGAAGCCCCAGUUCCUAUGUGCCUGUUCUUGGGCGCUUCCCUGGUUUCUGACCCAUCCACAAUCCUUGUGUCUUUGCUGCCAGGGGUUCUCCACCCCCUGUCCCCUGCCCUGGCUGAUGUGCUGCCCACAUGAGCACAGGGACACUUCAGGUGUCUCCAGCACGGAGCAAACACCUGGUGUUGAAACCAACCCCUCACCAAAAACCCCAAAAUCUGCUGCUGAUGUUGGGCUCGGAGUCAGGUAUUGACCUGCUGGCCCUGCCUGUUCCUCCCCUCAUCAUUCCCUGCAGCUGGAAGGACAGAGGAGGGCAAUACCUGUGCUCCUGAUCCCUUAGCCCUGAAGUCUCUCUGGAUCCCUGAGACUUCUUCCUGCAACUUCACCCUCUAACCCAGUUGAACCAUCAUCCUUGUCAUUGCUUCCACUGGCAGAGCCUGGUACCAGUUCUCCUGAGGCACUGGGGGAGCUGGGAUGGUCCCGGAAGAGACACAUCUGUUGUGCCAGGUGGGAACCUGUCACUACGUCCCCCUGUCCCUUGGGGUCAGCCAGGUGGAGAGAGGACAGGGUGCUGUGUGCUCAGUGAGACUGUCCCUGGGAAAAUCAGGGAAGAAACUCCAGAACCAGGACUGUUUCAGAGCCCCAAGUGGCUGGAGCACACCGGAGCUGGGGCAGACAUGGGAUCAGGGGGAUGAGUGGGCCCGGGGACUGGAUCUCACCCAGGGUGGGAGCUCAGGCAGCACAAGGACUUGCUGGGUCCCAGCCUCUGUCAGCUGCAGGGUGGGAGCUGGGAUGGGGAUGGGCCACCCUGGGAAGCCAAAGCCCUUCCUGUGGGGCUGGGGGGACUGGGGCUGUCAGGGGGUUGUUCCUGGGGGCAGCAGGAAGGGGCAGAGCCAGGACCUACAGAGCAAUGGCUGGUGCUGUGGAAGCGAGUCAGGGCCAGAGCAGUGCAGGGUCCUGCUGCCUCCCCUCUCCCACCUUUCCCUGCCAGGGCCCUUUCAGAGGGACUGAGGUUUCCCCCAGGAGAAAUCCACCCUGCAGAUGAGCUCCCUGGCCAGCAGGGAGGCAGGUGAGGUGCCACUGCAGGUGCCAAACACUCUCUGUCUCCAGGGAGAGCUCGGAGUGGUCACCCCUGGACCGUGGGCAGCAGUGAGAGCCCUGCCCGCAGCCUGCUUGGGUGCAGGGAUGGGUGACAGGGACCUUCCCAUUGGGACCAGGCUGCUCCCAGGUGGGCUGUUGCUCUCUCUGCUCCUGACACCCAGCACUUGCCACACAAGGAGCAGAUGAACCCUUUAAGAGAAUGUUCUGGAUAGUUGUGUCCCUGCGGAUGAAUGCUGUAUUUUUAAGGAAUAAACAUUUUUUUAAUGGGCAAA